UGGGCGUAAUAAGAGGUUCUCAAUAUGGGCCUCACGUGCUCCAUUGAUUAAGGCCCGUAUAAAGCCCAGUGAAUACCUUUCUGAGAAGACGGAGGAGACAAGGGAGCAACACUGUUCUUUCAUUCCACUCAUCGCGAAUCUGAGAUUUUGGAAGAUUCGAUCGAUUUGGGGACUUUACUCCGGCAGCAGCACUCUUGCUCUGGUGGCUCGUGCUUCGGCUUUCGGGCUGGGUCUCAUCUACGGGAACAUAAAGCUCAAGGCUUUGAAGAUAAAGAAGAACUCACAGAUUAAGGCGGAAGCCAAGGCUCAUCACUAAACCCAAUUCUUCCCUCCCUUCAAAAUAAGAAGAUGAAGCCAAGUGACUGUUCUCUCCAUAUGUACUUGUUUCAUCGUAAGCUAUAUCUCCCUUGGAUGACAUUUUUUUCGGUUUUUGGGGUUCUUUUUUUCUCGUUGACGAAGAAGAAGAAGAAAACCUUUUAUCUGAAAAAGCAAUCAUAAUACCAUUUUGAUUUAAACCCGAGUUCCCUUUUGGUGCUUUGCUAUUCAAUAACAGAGGCAUAUCUUUUAUUCAAAAAUAUGUUUAUAAACACCAUCUUACAAUGAAACAAUGAGCUGAUAUCCUAAACAACCGAGAUCUUUACACAGUUAACGCAUCUCAGUUUGUUUUUACAUCAAGCUACAUAGUUUGAUGAUUGAAGGGUAGAGUACAAGAAAUGCCAUAAACUCGGGAUUAGAAAGAGGGACUAUCCCACAGAGGAUACCAUGCACGGUUCCUAUAAACAAGAUGAUGCUAGCACAGCUAUAUGUCAAAUCUCGUGCCGGGCAAGAGAGUUGCACGAUGGAAACCGCCGCAUAUGAAACAAGGACGCCGAUACAGAUGGCCAUUCUUCUAUCGUCUCCUUGGAAACGAUGUGACACGAAUUGCAUAUAUAUCAUCACGUCCCAGAGAAUGAGCAUCACCCCCAACUCUCCUACUCCAUAUUUUGGCACUGGAACAUCUUUGCUCAAGCACCUUAUCACCAUACCAAUACCCGAGAUUGCCACAUAGAGGCCACCGAAUGAUGUCGUGAAGGCAAUCAUAUAAUAAACGAAACGAGCGUACUGACAGGUCACGUCUUGGACUCUCUCCUCAUGAUCACUUUUUCUCUGUGAUGUGAGUGCAUUCCUCAAAUCGUCUGCUAACAUUUCUUUUUCCUUCGGUUUUUUCUCACUUCAUAUCUUUUAUAUAUAGUAAGAUGAAAGGUGAUGAUGAGAUAUUUGAUCA